AUGAUCCCAUUCUCCUCGAGUGUAUCAGAAGCUGGUCCUUCUUCUUUCAUCACUCCACCAUCGCCAGACAAAAUGACGUUUCAAAAACAUCCUUUGCUCAUCCCGGCCAAGAAGAGAAUGCCUCCAACGUAUGCAGAUGAUUCAUUGUCAUCUUCCUUUUCACGAUCACUGAUCUUGAAAGAUGAAGAGCGCUUCUCAUCAUCCACAACAGCAAAGCCAAGACGUUCUUCUAAUUCUCCCAUUGGCACAAUCAUUUGCAAUGAACGAACAUAUUCGCCUGCAACAAUGGAGGAUGAAGAGAAAGAAGAUGAUCAAGAUGCCGAUUCUGUUGAAGCAAGUUUGCGUUUUCCAACAUUUGCAAGGAGACCAUUAAUGUUUGAAGGAGGAAGUGAAAAGCGAAAGCAUUCACCUGUACGAAGUCCAAUGACUUUGGUUCAAUUAUCUUACAACAGCAGUCAAAGCACAAGUCAAGAUUCAGAAAUGAUCGCUAAAGAUGCAGAGAGCACAGAUCUUUCCACCAACGAAGAGGAAUUGGAUGAAGAAGAAGUUCUCUUUAGUCUCGAUGAUGAAGUUCAAACGAACAGUCUCUCUGGUCAAGGGUAUGAUCAAGAAGCUAAAUACGAUUUGCAUGACGGAGAAGAAGCAAUCGAAGUUGCAGUCGAAGAUGAAGAGCCUUCCAGCUUGCCAUUGUCAUUGGCAUACUCUACAUCCUCACAUAGCAUUCGUCGUCAAAGCAAUCAUUCCUCAGCGGCAGAUUUGGAUAUGAUUUGGGAUGAAGAAGAUGAAGGAUUGACAAGCGCACUCGAUUCUCUUACAACAUUGGACGACUUGGAAGGAAACGUACAGAGCAACACGAGUAAGCUUUCUUCUCAAAACAAUCAAAGCUGUUCAAACAACGCUUCACCAAGAAAAGGGCAUGCGAUCGCUAUCGUCGGUGGCUUUGACCGUGAAGCCAGUUCAAUCGGUCAGGAAGAUGGUCAAAAAUCUCGAUCUACCGAUACAUCCUUCUUGCGUAGACCACCUGCGCGCAUGCCGUUGUUUCAACGAUCAUCAUCUGCUACUAGGUCUCCAAAUGGUGAACAAAAUUCAAAUAGUGUUCGCCGACUUUCCUUUGCACGCAGACAAGGAGAGUAUGGUGCAUCUCCGCAACAUGUCUCGUCACCGAGUGGUUCGUUUCACUCAAGUCGAAGAAAUGUUCACGUUGGCAAUUCACCUUCAAAAGUGGUGCCCACUCAACGUGAGGGCGUCAAUCGAACCGAGCCACAAAGCAAGACAGCAAGUCAGCCAAAUCUGACUGCUGUUGGCUCGCAGUCAUCUUCAUCAACUUCAACUGAUGUGACAAAAGUGUCCAACGUUCAUGGUCGUCGGGUGACAUUGCCAUUAUCAGCACCUAUUUCACCUUUGCAAACGCAUGUGAAAAUGAUGACAUCAUCCAGCAAUUCCUCUUUGGCAGCCAUGUCAGUACAGGAAAAUGCACGUGGCGAACAAGCAAAGCAUCAAGCUCACAUGCAAACAUUGCACGGACGAAAGAGAGGUGUAACUGAUCCAGCUGGAUAUGACUUUACUGCGGUUUCUGAAACUGAUUGA